CCAAGCUGCCCAAUCAGAGAGUGCUUUGCAUACGCGGGCUGAGCCAAUCGGAGGGGCGCUUCUUCUUCCGCUCCGGUAGUUUGAAACCGUCGCGUCCAACGGCCGGCUCAGACAGUUGCCUGCAGCCCGUAUGUCAGUAAAGGAGCCUUCUGAGGCCAAUAUGGAUCGGCUUUGUCCUGUUUCAGAAGAGACAUCUUCACAAGGGUCCACAGAUAUUCCAAGAGAAAUUGAUGAAACCACAACAAGUGAAUUAACUGUACCUGAUGAAAAAAUAACUCAAAUAGAAAAUAUACUUGAUCUCUGGAGUGGCAGUCUUAAGACAAAUGUUCUAAGUGAAUUGAGAAAAUGGAGGUUGAAUUUUAUCGAACAUCACAAGCUUCAAAUGAGACAAGAAAAAGAGAAACAUGCUGCACAUGUGAGACAAUUGACCAAUCAGAUGGAAAACUUGAAAGAAUUGCUACAUACAUAUGAAAUCUCUCUAGGCAGAAAAGAUGAGGUGAUUACUAACUUGACCCAAGCAUUAGAGAUGAAGAAGGAAAGAAUAGAGUUAAUGAGAAAGUUUACAUUGUGGCGGAUUCAGCAACUUAAAGCUAAACAAGAGCAAUAUGCGAACAGAAUAGCAGACAGACAAUUCCAGACAACUUUGAAGAAGAAAAUAUGGACAGCGUGGCGCUCUCUUAGCGAAGAAAGAUGGAAAGAAAAAGUAGCAAAAGCCUGUCAGCUAAGGGCAGAAGAUGUCUGUGUUCAGCUCACCAAUGAUUAUGAAGCCAAAAUUGCAGAGCUAACUGCUACUUUGGAGCACACAAAAGCUGAGAUUCUGAGACUACACAGUGAAAGAGAACAAUAUGAAGACACCAUGAAGAAAGCCUUCAUGCGUGGUGUAUGUGCUUUGAAUCUGGAAGCAAUGACCAUGUUUCAGGGCAAAGACAGCAGGACAGAUCCCGAUAUAGGAAAUAGAAGAGAUGAUAAUGGUGCCAUUGUUGCAGGAAUACUACCUCCUUCACAAUAUAAUCCCCCCUCACCACCACCUCCACCAGCAACUGCUCUUCAGAUGGAUGACUUGUUUUCUACCCAUCUGGGUCAUGCAAGCACUUCUCAGACCAGGCUAGAUUCUGAUUCUCCAGUAAUCAUCAGUAGCACAGCUGCAGGAUCUGGGGUGACAUCAACUCAAAAACUGCCCAUGACAAAAGUAAUAACAUCUGCUCAGCAGAAAGCAGGAAGAACAAUCACUGCUCGAAUCACAGGCCGGUCUGAUAUGGGACAAAAGCACAGAAUUUGUGGUAGUUUAGCAGUGAUGGGAGUUGCUCCACCCAUGAGUUCAGUCAUUGUUGAAAAACACCAUCCAGUCACUCAGCAAACCAUAUCCCAAGCCACCGCUGCUAAAUAUCCUCGAACUGUGCUCCAUUCUUCCAGUUCUACUUCUGUGAGACCUGCAGGACAAGCUGGACGAAUGCUUCAGAGCCAAACUCAUACUAGUGUUCAGUCAAUAAAAGUUGUUGACUGAAUGAAUAUCCUUUACACUGGUGGGAGGUUUUAUCAAGAUACAAUUUAAACCUCUUGCCAGUCCUUUCAAAUUUGAUGUAGCAAGGCCUAAAGUAUGUAUCAUGUUUUUACCCUUUAAAAAAAAGUGUUUAUAGAAAGCAUCCAGAGGGGGAAAAUGACCUUGAAAUGUUGUUCUACCUCCCGGCUAUUUGAGAACUUAUUUUAUUAAGAUAAACACUUUAUUUAAAUAAUCUUUUUGCACACUUAAAUAAAGGAUAAAAUGUGA